UCUUUCUGUUGAUCUUCAGGAUGGAUGCGUCCUCUGUCGCUUGCUGGAGAUUCUUACAUCAAAAAGUCUUGGGAGGUGGAUGAAGAACAAACAGCGUAUUCGAGUGAAACACCAGAAGAUGGAGAAUAUCUGCACAGCGUUGCGCUUCAUGGAAACGGAGGGGAUGAAGCUUGUCAACAUCGGUGGAGAGGAUAUCUACAAUGGCAACUUGAAGUUGAUCUUGGGCUUGGUGUGGCGACUUAUUCUGAGAUAUCAGAUCUCUCUUGAUCGCGCCACAGGUGGCGGACCAGGAUCAAAACGUGGUGUUUCCGCGAAAAAGGUACUUCUUGGUUGGGUGCAGUCUUCAAUACCGCAGAUCAACGUGGGCAAUUUCACCAGUCACUGGCAUGAUGGAGUGGCUCUCACAGCACUCUUAGAUUCUCUACAACCAGGUCUAGCUCCUAAUUAUACUUCACUUAAUCGGAACCAAAGGCUUGCCAACUGUACUGAGGCAAUGAAAGUAGCCGAAAAAGAAUUUGCUAUACCUCAGAUCAUUCGGCCUGAAGACUUAGUCAAUCCUGAUAUUGAUGAACUCAGUGUGAUGACGUAUGUAUCAUAUUUCUGCGGUGCAGGGUCACCUGGGUUUUACAAACUGCUCAAAUGGGUAAACAGUGUAAUACCUGAAUACGGUAUCAAGAACUUUACAUCUGACUGGCGAGAUGGUCGAGCCCUUUCUGCUCUUGUUAACGCUUUGUCUCAGGGACUCAUUCCUAAUCAUCAUCAACUUGAUCCUUCUCGAGCGGUGGAGAACGUCCAAAAUGCAAUGGAUAUUGGAGAAAGCAGAUUGAGAGUGAAACCAACCCUCACUGCUGAAGAAUUUGUUGACGCAGAUUUGGAUCAAGUGAGCAUGAUGAGUUAUAUCACCUGGUUUCGUUGGGCUGUGCCAGUAAAGAGUGAGGCAGAAAAUGUACAAAUUAGUGGAGCAGGAAUUACAGGAGGGCUACCAAAUGUGGAGACUGAGUUUACAAUUACUUACGGAAAUGCCGUUGCUUCAUCCAAGAUCUCUGCUACAGUUAAUGAUCCGGAUGGCAAACCUGUCCCAGUGAAGCUACAUGAUCUUGGCAAUGGCACUAUUGUAGCUCGAUAUACACCAGUAGUUCCUGGCACUUACACGGUACGGGCUUUCUGUGGAGACGAAGAUAUCUCUGGCAGUCCUUUUCACCCCAAGUUUGAUGUUCCUCCUCAAGCGUCUGCGUGCAGAGUGUCUGGAGUGGGAUUGACUGAUGCUGUUGUUCGACAACCAGCAGAGUUUAUUUUUCAAGCAGGAAAAGAGGCUGGAAACGGUGUAUUGCAUGUAGCUGUGACUAGCCCUUCUGGGCAACGAAUUCCGUUAUUGAAAAAAAAUUCAGAGAAUGGUGUAACUAGAGUGACAUACACUCCUACUGAGGUCGGAAAUUAUGAGGUAGUUGUUCAAUGGUCUGGGGAAGAUGUAUCAAAUGGACCAUUUAGAGCAAAAGCUAUUGACCCGAGUAGUUGUGUUUGUGAAGGAGAAGGACUGAAACACUCAAUAAUUAGAGAACCAGUUCAGUUUUCUGUGAAGACGGCAGAAGCGGGAGCAGGAGUAUUGUCGGCUACAGCACAUGGUCCUACAUCAUCGGUACCAGUUGAAAUAGUCAGACAUAGUGAGGGAGUUUACAGGGCAGAGUAUACCCCAACUGAACUGGGUGAUUACUUGCUGGAUAUCAAGUGGUCGGGACAUUGUAUUGCUAACAGUCCAUACACUGCACACUGCUUUUCAAAUGUUGACCCAAACAAAGUGAAAGUGAGCAAACCAAAAGCAACCACAAGGUCAGGACGGUAUGCUCUUGGACGUCCCAUCUUUUAUCGUGUUAAUUCAGAGCAGGCUGGGAAAGGAGAACUUACUGCUUCUGCUAUCAAUCGACUGAACGGAAAACCAAUACCACUUAACAUAAUGCAAGAGAAAGAUGGACAGUUUGCAGUUGAAAUGCAGCCAACAGAAACAGGAGAGUACGCUGUUGAUUUUCGUUAUGAUGACAUGCUUGUUCCUACUACUCCACACCAGCUAUCUGUAGUUGAGUCUCCUGAUGCUAAAAAAGUGAAGAUUCAAGUGGGACCGAAGGGGCAUCAGGCCAGGGUGGAUGAGGAAGCUAUCUUCUAUGUUGAUGCAUCUGAGGCUGGUGAUGGUGAGUUUACCGCUUCAGCAUAUGGAGUGAAUCCAACAGCCAAUCCAAAAGUGGAAGUGACCAGUCAUGGAAAAGGUCAAUACACAAUUGCAAUGACAACAAAUGAACCUGGAGAUUGUUUCUUGCAAGCAUUCUGGGAUGAUCAGCCUAUUGAAGACACACCAAUUGAUGUGAGAUUUAUUGAGCCACCUAACCCUAGUAAGAUUAAAGUCAACAGCUCUAGUCUUCCUCGCAAAGUUUUUCUUGGCAAUCCUCUCCAGUUUGAUGUUGACACUUCACGAGCAGGAACUGGAAGAUUGACCGCACACACUAUUCGAAGAAGAACAGGAGAGAAAAAGGAAGUCCUCGUAAAAGAGACAGGGUUUGGUAGACAGGCUGUUCAUUUUGAUCCAACCACUGCUGAUGAUUAUGAAGUUGCGUUAUAUUGGGACGGUGAACCGGUAUCAUUGGCUGCACCUGUGGAAGUGAAAUAUCUUGAUCCUCCUGAUGCCUCUAAAGUAAAACUGAAGACACCGGUGAAGGCAUAUCAAGAGCCAACAGUUGGGCAACGUACAACGCUAGUGUUUGACACUGCGUUAGCGGGAACGGGCAAACUAUCAGCGUAUGCACACAGUGAAGAACAUGGUCCAGUCGAUGUGCAGGUAGAGGAAUCUACUGAUUGUCCAGGAGAGUAUAACGUAACAUUUGCUCCACGUCACCCUGAUGAAUACCAACUCAACGUAUAUUGGGAUGGAGUACCAGUACCGUUGAGUCCAAUUGUAAUCAAAGCAAUGCCAUUGACAGAUGCUAGCAAGGUGAAAGCGCUCUCAGCUGUUCCUAAACGAGCACUAAAAAUUGGCGAAACCGCUCAAAUGACUUUCAACAUCACGGGUGCUGGGAGAGGAGAACUGACAGCUAUAGCUGUAGGAGAGAAGAGUGGACCGUCACCUGUACAAGUGGUAGAAAUAGAAGAUGGAAUUUAUGAAGUAAAAUUUACACCUAAACACGUUGAUCAAUAUUUACUACAUGUCGAGUGGGAUGAUGAGUCUGUUCCAGGGGCUCCUUUUCGGUUUGCGUUUGAGAAUCAGAAAAGUGAAGGAGAUCCAUCAAAAGUCAAGGUAUCUUCCAUAUCCCCUGUUGAGCAGUUCCGAGUUGGACAAACAGCCGAAGUGACGUUAGAUGCCAGUACAGCCGGAGAAGGCGUCCCUUCUGUUCAAGUAAUGGGGGCCAGAACCGGACCGUUGGAGUCAGAAGUGUACGAUACGGGUGAUGGACAAUAUUUAGUCACAUUCACACCAGACAAGCCAGAUCGAUAUCAGGUCGAACUCUUUUGGGACAAUGAGGAAAUCAAGGAGAGUCCAAUCAACAUGAAAUGUCUUCCUCGCAAAUCAGACCUGUCCAAGAUCAAAGUAUCAGAGUUAGAUCCAAGUGUCGUACUCCAGCCGGUCAAAUUCUACGUGAACACUGAUGAUGCCGGUGACGGACAGCUGCUAGUACGAGCUCGAGGCCCAACCAAUGGCGAUCUUCCUGAGUUCAACGUAGAGUCAACAGGUGAUGGUCUAUACGAGGCCUACUACGUUCCCAACGCUCCCGGGCAUCACAAAUUUGAAGUCAGUUGGUCUGGCGAGCCAAUACCAGGCAGUCCCUUCUUUGUCAACGUGAUGGGCAACAGUGAUGUCGGUAAGGUCAUAGUGAACGGUUCCGGUGUCGAGAAGAGUCAGUACGACAUUGGACAAGCGAUGGAACUCGACGUCGACGCAUCACGAGCUCCGAAAGGCAAACUAACAGCUCACGCAGUCGGAACAAAGGACUACAGGCCAAAGCACGUCGAAGUAACAAACAAUGGAGAUCGACAGUACGCCGUAAAGUUUACUCCCAGUGACCCGGAUACAUACAUGGUCUGUGUUAAAUACAAGGGAGAGAACGUACUCGGUAGUCCGUUCAAGGCCAAGUUUGUUCACCCGCCGGAUCCAUCUCUGGUCGAAAUCCAAGGCCUACGCAACGGCGUCAUCUACGAACCGAUCACGUUUAAGGUCGACGCUCGCCAUGCAGGAGCCGGAGAGCUACUGGUCCGAGCUGCAGGACCAACGACCGGCGGAUCUGCGGAUUUCGAACUAAAAAGCAUCGGACCGGGUCUCUACACGGCGACCUACGUUCCUACAGCGUCCGGCGAGCAUCUCUUUCACGUGACCUGGUCGAACGUCCACAUUCCCGGUAGUCCGUUCAAAGUCAAUGUAACAAGUUCGGAGGGAAAGGCUCGUUCGGUUGAGGUCUCAGAACUGCCAGACGCAAAAGUCGAAACGGGCAUGCCAGUCGAACUUGUCGUCAACACGGGCAAAGCCGGAGAAGGAAACCUAACGGCCAGUUGUAAGGGACUCCACGUGGGAACGGUUUCGGUCCAGAUCGUUCGCGACAAGCGCAGCGGGUCUACCGUCAUUAGCUUCGUUCCUUCUCAACCCGACGACUACGUUCUCGACGUUCUCUACGACGGCCGUCGUAUUCCCGACAGUCCCUUUACCGUUCACGCCUACAGUCCGGCCCGACGUCUCUCGUCGCUCGGAUUGACGGCUGCGCAAUGCAGCGUUCUCGAGCCGCGUUUGAAUCCCGAGAAUCCUUUCCUACCCGUCGGUCAACCGGUCAAGUACGUCGUCCAGACCCCCGGGGUUCCCGCCCGCCACGUCUCGGCCAUCGUGGCGGGUCCGAAGGGAACGUGUCCGGUCAAAAUCGAGAACAUGGGCAACGGCUCGUUUAUGAUCGAGACCGUUCCGUCGCAGUCCGGUAACUACCAGUUGGUGUGUAAGGUGUUCGACACGCCCGUGCCGAAGAGCCCGUUCUUGUUCAUGGUCGGGAGACCUCAUUAUGACGCCACAAAGGUCAUUGUGUCGUGCAGAGCGUUUACCGACGGGGACGUCGCGUUUCCUCUCGGGACGCCCGCGGUGUUGGACGUCGACGCCCGCAGUGCCGGCACGGGGCGUCUAUUGGUGGACGCGUCCGGUCCGAUAAGCGACAAUAAGGAACUCCAGGUGCACGACAUCGGAGACGGUACUUAUACCGUCAAGUUGCAACCGGAUCGUCCGGGGAGUUUCCAACUCGAUGUCUGUUGGGUCGACCGACCGGUGCCCGGGAGUCCGUUCGAGAUUCGUUUCUUUCGUCGUUCGAUUAGUGAUCCGAGGAAGAUCUGUGCGGAGGGACCAGGUCUUACUGGUGCACCGGUCAAUAGUUCUGGUGAGUUCACUGUGUUUGGAGCGGAAGGAGACGCUGAGAAUCUGGAGGUCACGUGUCAGGGAGUCAAGGCGAGAGCUCAUGUUUAUAUCGAUUCGGUCAACCGCGAGGAGGGUGUGUUUCACGGUCACUACGUUGCUCCCGUGGCCGGGGCUUACUUGUUGUGCAUCAAGUGGGGUGGUGAUCACAUCAGUGGUAGCCCGUAUAAGAUUACAGUCGGUCAGGCUGGAAUUGUCGGGCAGGUGAGAGUACUCGAUGUGCCACAGGACGGUAUUGUCAACAGGCUGGUCGAGUUUCUGCUCGAUUCUCGGAGUGCCGGGCACGGGCAGUUGACCAUGAAAGUUCAAGGUCCCGGAAAUCCGCAGACUAAUGUAGAUAACAGCCGUCCUGGCACCGUCGUCGCUUCAUUUCUUCCCAGUGAAUCGGGAAAGUAUUCAGUGAGCUUGAAGUGGUUGGGAAAGCACGUGGAAGGCAGCCCGUUUAAAGUCAAGGUGGCCUCGCCUCCUCGACCGGAGAUGGUUUUUUGCUAUGGUUUCGGUUUGGAGGGAGGAGUCGUAGGCACUCGAGGUGUCUUCACUGUUGACACUAAAAAGGCUGGUGGUGGUGUAUUAGCCGUGAGGGUUCAUGGUCCGAAGGGAGCGUUCAAGAUUCACAUGGAGAAGUCUCCCAAGGACGAUCGACUGAUUCUUGUGAGUUAUAAUCCCAAUGAAUCAGGCAGAUACACAAUGGAUGUCAAGUGGUCUGAUGUGCCCGUUCCAGGCAGUCCGUUUAGCGUUCACAUACAACCAAGAGGAAUAAGCGUGUAGUGCAGUUAGACAGACAUGAACAAUGUUGAUGUAGUUGAUAUGAAUGAUAGUUACUGGUGGUGAUUUGAAAUGAUCUAGUGCUUUUAGAAACACUAAGUUGUACAUUGCACUUUUCUCUA